AUUAACCGUUACUUAUUAUGCUUCAUCGAUUCUGUUACGUCUAUACUUCUCCAGAUUCAUGUCUUUACAUUUAAAAAAAAUAUAUCACCAUAUUUUUACUUUCUUUGAUGUCAUCAGUUACAUCAGUGAUCAGUUGUGUUCAGCACCCUUUCUCUGUUGUCGUGCCGGCGGAUGUCCAUAGUUGCUUGUGGUCGUGAAUCCAGAUCAGAGUUCCUCAACUAUUAAAUACAAAACUACGGUCUGUGACCUCGGCGUGACCUCAGGGUUUUCCGACAUUCCUAUGUUUCUCUUUCCCGGUGUCUCCUCCGCCUCCUCCCAUCAGUCACUGUGUCUGUGUCUUGGGGGCGCUCAUUAUGAAUCAUCCCCACCUGGCUUACCUGCACACCUGGCUGCAAUCACCUCAUCACCUCCAGCAUGACGUCUCCGGUGGGCCGCCUCCCUCCGGAGUGUCGCAGCUCUCAGGAUAUCGCUCGUGAUUUUUUUGUGGUUUCACCCUAAACGUCUGCUUCCUGCGCUUAGAUCUCGGGAACCACUCUCAGUUCCUGUUGUCCUCAAGCCACAUCACUGCAAAUAACCCAUAAACUAACUUUAAUUAGCCUAAAACUUUUAAAUUAAUUAAUGUCCAAUUUUGCAAUCGUGUUGAGCUCCCGGUAUUCUUCCUCCGGUGCAUGAGCGUGAAGACAAUAAUUGGUUUAUAUUCGUCUAUUAACUGUCACUCUAAUACACUGUCAAUUCACCUCUAUUGUUGUGUGCCCAUUGUAAUAGGGAGAUGCAGUUUAAUAAUGCAGUUUUAGCAGUUAUUUCUGUAGUUGUGUCUUAUUAAAUAACACUGUACUCAUCAGUUUAAUGUAAUAUAAUACGAGAAUGCAAUGAAGAAGAAGAAGAAGAAGAAGAAGAAGAAGGCAGUCAAACAAUCCGACCAUUGUCCAAAGUGUCUGUUGUAAACUUUUCCUUUUUCAGCCUUUUUUGUGUUGAGCAUCCAGAACAAAGUCCAUUAAACAUGAAAAAGGCGGAACAAGUUAAGAAAGAAAAAAAAUACUUGAAUAGAUGAAAUACAAUUAAGUUCAUUAAUUAAUUAAAUAAAGAAUCCCCCCCCCACCUCCACCCAAACAGAACUGGGCAGCGGUCAAAAAGUAUAAUUUUUGCUGAUGAAGGUUCCUAACUGAGUAAAAUGGUUCAGAACUGGGACAUGCUAAAAACAAAAAUUCAAACAAACGUUUGAAUCUAAAUUAUUGCAAAAAGGAAACGUUGAUAUUGAACAGUUUCAUUGAUAUUGUUCGAUUGAGUCGCCUGUUUCUGCUGACGCGGUGUUGAUUGUUAACCGAGGCGGCAGCAGGAAGGAAGGACCUCUGGUUUCUCUCCUUCACACGAGCGUAUCGGCCGGUCACUGAAGGAGCUGCUUAUACAGCCUGCAUGCCACACUCUCAUAGAUUUAGUUUGGAUAUGUUUUAGUGCUUUUUCUAGUCGUUCUUUGUUGUAAUUUCGCCAUUGCAGACCUCAGUCAGUGACGUCUGCCGUUGCGUCAUAAUUACGUAGUUUAGUGAAGUAGUAGGAUUCUUUGUCUUUUCCUAACUCCUCAUGAAUUCUCUGUUACACCUUUCCUUGACCCCGUGACCCCGGCCAAUCUGGUGACCUCGGCAAGACGCGUUCUGGUGCUCCCUGCACCACCGACCGUCGUGUUCAGACACUCGCACAGAAACUGCUUCACGCCGUUGAGAUCGAGCUCCGCGGACAACUCUUAAAAUAAAAACAGGCUCUGAAAAACGAUGUCUAGAGUUAUUCCCCACACGCCGGGAUUGUCUUUCCACCUUUUCCGAAUGAAAUUAAGGCGGGAGCGAAUGACGUUUGCUCAAGCUAUUUUUACAUGACAUUACAUUGAGCUGACGCUUUUAUCCAAAGCGACUGACAAUCAUGUUACAUUCAUCUCAAGAAAUCAGAGUUAUUCUGGUCAGAAUGAGAGACGCGAUGUGUGCCGCCGCUGUACGAGUACCGUAACCACGCAUGUGGGCACGUGCUGACCUCAAGUCCUUUGGCUAAUUAAAAAGGAGAGUCGAUCGGUCGGCCCGAGACAAACGUGACACACAUUUCAGACGUAGCACGUACACUACCGUUAAAAAGUUUGGGGUCACUUAGAAAUGUCCUUAUUUUACAAGCUCUGGUUUUUCAAUGAAGAUAACAUUAAAUGAAUCAUAAAUACUCUCUCUACAUAGUUAAUGUGGCAAAUGACUAUUCUCUGUUGUUUAAUAAGUCCCUACAGAGGUGUGUAGAGGCCCAUCUCCAGUGUUCUAAUGGUACAUUGUGUUAUCGCCUUAGAAGACUAACGGAGGGGUAGAAAACCCUUGAAAACCCUUUUUAUGUGAGCGCAGCUGAAAACAGUUAUGCUGGUGAGAGAAGCUAUAAAACUGGCCUUCCUUUGAGCCACAAGUUUGAAGAACAAAAUAAAUAUUUAAAAUAAAAGUCAUUAUUUCUAACAUUGUCAAAGUCUUGACUAUAUUUUCGAUUCAUUUUGCAUUUCAUUUGAUAAAUAAAAGUGUGAGUUUUCAUGGAGAACACAAAAUUGUCCGGGUGACCCCAAACUUUUGAACAGCAGUCUAAAUGUUGAACGACAGUUUUCUGAAGGCAGACUGACUUUCCAAGGCUCUCAGGCAGGGGGAGCGGAGGAGGGAGAUCCUUCAGCCUCGCAGCGCUCGAAGAGUAUGUGGCGGGUGUGUCUGCAUUCCAUAGCGUCGCUUUGUUUUUCCACUUUGUGAAGUAAAAACAAAGUGAUAAUGUUUCAAAAAUGCCAGGCGAGGGGAGAUCCAGGAAAGCGUCAAUAUUUGGAAGGAAUGUGAUAUUGAAAUAACAUUGCUCAUAGAAAUAAAAGUGCAGGCCACUGGGGGAAGACAAAUGUUCCGGCACACAUUUUGACGCAGUUCUUUUCACAUUUUUCGGAAAAAAAUAAAGUGAUAAUGACACUGUCGUGGAAUCUUUAUCAAAUCAUCUGAUACGUACUCUGGUAUUUCCUGGCUUGCGAGAGUUAAUUAAAGACAGCGUUCCCUGAAGUGUCGAUGCUCUCACUGAUACCGUCGGUCGGUGGUUCCUGCUGAAGAUAGAAAGCAAAGCUCACGGCUCAACGCUCGGGACAGAUUGUGUUUCUGCAGAAGGAAAUGAUCUCAGCUUUCCAGCAACUUUUAACUCCUAGAAUCAGGGUUCUUACACAUGUUGACCAAUGGAUUUCCAGGACUUUUCUAUGACUUUAAACCAAAUUUCCAUGACCGAACUGAACUCUCGGUGUAUACAUUAACAUUUUUGAAAAUGUAGUAUUCAAACAAUGUGAAUUACAAAGCAUAAAAUACACCUUAAACUAGAAUGGGCACUCGGUAGAGCGCAUACCUUCGCAUAUCACAAGAUUGGGCAUUGAAUUAUGAACAUUUUGGCAUUAGUCGCAUGCCAAUUGGAUAUAAAUUGACCGUGCUAAGGUAAAAAGAAGAUUUUUACCUUUUCAUUACCUUGACCUUGACCUUUGACCCAAUUGAUCUCAAAAUCUAAUCAAAUGGUCCCCGGAUAAUAACCAAUCAUCCCACCAAAUGUCAUGCGAUUCGGUUUAAUGCUUUUUGUGUUAUGCGAGGAACACACAUACAAAUACAUAAAUAAAUAAAUACACGGCGAUCAAAACAUAACCUUCCGCAUUUUCAAUGCGAAGGUAAAUAUCAACUUUAUUAUUUAUUUAAAGGGCUAUUUAGGUAGUCAACAAACAAACAUACCUGACACUUAAACUUAGGAAACAAUAUUAAUUCUAAUAAUUUUCUCCCGGUUUUAAUUGCUCGGGUCAAAUUGGCCCCAGUGGUAAAAGAUGUCAGUACAUUUGAAGGUUAACAGGAGGGUUAACAGUGACAAUGAACAUGUCAAUCAUGUUAUUGGUUUAAUAUCUCUGUGUUUCUCGAAGCUUUAGGGUGGUUCAACCCUCAACGGGGGAUUCCCUGUGAGUGUCUGACGUUUGGAGCUGUGCUCGGUGUGAAUCAUUAAACUGAUUGUUGCACUUCCUCCAGCUCGUGUCGCACCCUGUUCGCCUUCAGGCUGGGUAUAAAUCCUCCCUGAGACUUCUCCUUGCUCCUCCUCUCUCCCUCUAGCCUCCUCCUCCUCUUCCUCCUCCUCCUCCUCUGAGUGGAGUCCAGCCCCCUUUAACUUUUCUCAGCUGGAGCUCUCUCUCUCACACACUCACACACACACCAGCGCUCAGGCCGUCCAGCAGGCGGUGAGGCACAGGUACCAUGACCCCGCUCGAGGACGAAUCACCCGGCGACCUCUCGAGAAGCAUGAUGAGGAAUCUCUAAGGGGUGUGUGUGUGUGUGUGUGUGUGUGUGUGUGUGUAGGGGGGUGGGGUGAAGGAUUUGGAUCUUUCUGCAACUUCCACCACAUUUGAAUUCUCCCUCGACCGUCGGGGGAUUGUUUUUACGGGGCACGAUGAGCGUGAAGAAGAAGAAGGCCGGGCUGGUCAUGAGCUGGCAGAAGUCGUUCUCCAUCCUGGCCCCGUGGAGGAAAGGGAAAGGAGAAAGAGACGCGGUCCUGGACAGUGAGGUUGUUCUGACCAAAAUGAAGCUCUUCAGCAACUUCCACGAGAAGCUCCUGAUGGCCGACGACUCGGCCUCCACCGUCUCGACGGUCUCUGUUUCAGAGCACGACAUCUCGGACCCCAGCAAAGGGAAUUCCCGUCUUGAUGACAAGUCCGGGCAGCUUCAGACGGAGCCUGGCCCAGACUACCUGUCCGUCAUCUUCUCGGACUCUCAGCUGACGAGGUUGUACAAGUUUGAGUCGGAGGACUCUGGAGUGGAGCUGCCCAGUGGCGCUAACUCUCCGUCCACCCCGACGGGCUCCGAGCAGAGCUUCAUGGUCCACAGCCGGGAGUCCUCCUGCAACUCCUGCAACCUGAACUCUGACCCUUCCACGCUGCCUGAUGGACAAGUCACAUACGCACAACAGAGCUCUGAGAUCCAACAGCAACCGGACUCAGAGGAUAAUAGUCUCAGUCCAGCUGUGGAUCCUCAGGAAAACGUCUUCGUGCACUCAGAGGAACUCAGUUCAGCUGUGGAUGUGGAACUGCACAUAGGGGAGGAUGUGGAUGGGGACCAGUGCCGGGCUUCAGGGAUCAGCCCUGAUGACGAUGAGGAGAUGUCUGGACGGCUCGAGGAAAACUGUAGUGAGACCGAAAGGACCUGCUUAGAAAGAGGCUGCGAUGACAUGACGGCCAAUGUCUUUGAGCCAGAGACGAUGAGGAGGAGUGACACCAGUGACAGCCUGGAGGAGUACAUGGACCAAUGCUGCAGGCUGAGUGAGGCACAGCAGGCGAGCUCCAACCCUCUGGGUUCGGGCCUGGGUUACCUGGAUCACAUCUGCCAACUCAUCGAGAAGAUCGGCCAGCUGCAGGAGACCAACCUGCAGCUGCAGAGGCAGAUCUGCAGCUUGCAGAAGGACGGCACGAUGACGAAGACCAAAGAGGACUUUUUCCAGCAUCAUUGCAGCUGCGGUGCAGCCGGCAUGGCGUUCCAGGACGUUCAGAAGAGACAGUCCCGGAGCGAGUGUCUGUCCCCCAGCGGGACGCUCUCCGACCUCUCCACCAUCCACGAGGUCGCCCGGCUUCCGGGAGGAGACGGGAGUGGUGCGGGUGUGACGCCCGUCCCCCUGUGGAGGCGGGGCUUGCACCGAAGGAGUUACACCGAGGGGGAGGUGCCCUUCCUCGGGGGCAGCGCUGAACGCCUCUCCCUCCCCCAGCGCAGGAUGAGUGAAAGCUACACAUGGGGCCGCGUCAAAGACCUGGUGAGGAAAACUAAGAUGAGGAACCAGAGCCGGCUGGAGCUGACCUCCCCCUCCCUGAAGAUGUCCUGCCCUCAACUCUACAUGCCUGAUGUGGAACCCGUAGAACCUGCUCGCAGAAACAGGAACUCCAUGAUCGUCUUGGGCCACCAGAGCAAACUGGACUUCCCUUGGCUACAAUAGACAUUCAGGGAAGGAGCGCAGACGACGAGCGCCGUCUCCAAAGGUCUGGCCUCAGAUCUGGGAGAAUAACCAGCAUGUGUGCAUUAAUCCACCGGUCCUCGUGUUCCUAUUCCUGCACAAGCUGUUAAACCCGGGAAAACAUCGAGAACGGGGUCCAGGCGAAAGAGUAUCGAAGCGUAGUCGGGUGCUUUUUUCUAAAUCACCACUAGAGGGCGCUGCUGUGGCACUGCUGCCAUGUUGAACUGAAACCCCAACGAGUCUGUGACCAUGGAGUUGUUCAGAUACAUGUGUACGUCACCGGAUAAUGUCUUCCCAGUACAAACACUGGAAAAAACCUUCAUUUAAACGUUGAUGUCCUAAAGAGUUCCAGAGGUAUCUUCCUCGGCAAAAUGAGUGUUUUUGUGAAACUCAUUAAUGUUGCAGUGUACAUGAAAAGCCAUACGUGAUGCUGUCAUGAGUCCACUAUAGUGUAUGGAAUGAUCUACACUGUGACGUAAUUGACCUGCAUUACACAUUAUCUGCUGAUGCUUUUUACACUUCUAUAGGUUUACAUUAGGAUGAUGCAACAUCUGAAACGAUCCAACGAAUGUGAAACAUUUCAUAACUGUCAUAUGUUGUUUUAAAUGUGUUGUAGACAAAUUACUGAUUUGGGAAUGCAAUGUUACAUAACCAGAGUCAAUGCAGAGAUAAUGUGUGUGAGAAAUACACUUCAGCCCAUAACGCUGAUGACAGGAUGAGGAACAUCAUCAUAGCUGGAAUUUGACGCAACUCUGUCGUCUCCCAGACAAGAUACAGGAUUCAUAAGUCAGAAAGGAAAAGGGUGAGGACUAGUCAUAUUUUUCAUACGACGCCGUAAAGGUCCCUAAUGGAUGAAUCCCAGAACAAAUAAACCAAACAUGCUAUUCCAAAGGUCAUGCUUCUCCUUAAGAAGAUCUGGAAUGUUUUAAUGGAGCUUUUUGGAUUCUGAGACCAACAGGACUGCUUGUUUGAGCUGAAUGGAAAUAUACUAGAUGUGAGGUUUUCUUAGGCUGAUGACUUGCAAAGUAGAUUUGAAUCGUGAAGAAGAAGAAUUGAACCCUUCAAUAUAUCUGAGUGGAAGAAAAAGGUUUUUGAACGUACAUUUUAUUUUGUAAUAUUUUAUUUUCACAAUGCAAGAGAACAUGCAGAGCAUUCUACAUUGAACAUUACACAGCAAGUACAUUUUAAAAAUGUAAAUCAUAUUUUCCCGCCACAAAUAUAGUGUGAAACAGCAGCAGCUAUGAACUGUUGUAAUUUCCAUACCUGUUGUAAUGCUUCAGCAAUAUUGUUUGGAUAUUCUGAUUCUAAGGGAUCCGUCAUUACUGCAUCCUAUCGUACUCCAAAAAGAGAAACAAUGUCUUUACUGUAAACUGUACAAAGUAAAAGAGGGAUUUCUGUCAGACAAGAACUGUUUUUUAAAUAAAUUAUAUCUGAUGUUUACCUGCAUGACAUCAGACACCUGUUUGUGUAUCAUAUGUUGCAGUAUGCAUAUUGCAUUAAUAUUCAAACGUAUUUUUCAAAUAAAAGAAUAUAAUUGUGUUAUAUGA